ACGCAUGUAGCGUAGCACAAAGAAGGUUUAUUUCUUUCUCAAACAGAUUUGGGCGCGACGUGUUUGUUCACUUCCCUCUCUCUCUCUCUCUCUCUAAAGAAUGCCACGCAGAGGAAGCGGUUCACAACGGAAGAAGCCAUCUUCACCCUCAGAAGAUGAAACGGGACCCAAACACAACACCGAAGGAUCACUGUCCGAAAUAUCUCGGGAUGCUGUGGGAAAACUUCUGCGCCGUGCUAACAAAGUUGGCACUUACAAGAAAAAGACAGUGGUUGACUUUGAGCCAGAACUAAAUGAAGCUCAACUCCUGGAAUCGAUUCUCCUACCAAAAACUUCAGAAGUUGAACACUGUAGUAGAAAUUCCAUUGCAAAUGAUUCUGCUGAAGAGAAAUGUGGUCAUGUAAGUUUAGACCAGGGAUACAUGGACAACAAGGAAGAACUGGAUGACUCAGAUUGGGAAGAUGGUACAGUUGCCAUGGAUGAUCAUCCUAUGACAAUAGAAUUGAAUGUGACCCCUGUUUCUUCUGUACAGAAACAAAUACGACGAGCUUCUGCUGAAGACAAGGAAUUGGCUGAACUUGUGCACAAGGUUCAUUUGCUUUGUUUACUUGCUCGUGGAAGAUUAAUAGACAGUGCUUGUGAUGAUCCUGUUAUUCAGGCUUCUCUGCUUUCUCUACUUCCAGCUCACUUGCUCCAGCUAUCAAAUGUCACAAAACUCACUUCGAAAGCUCUACAUCCUUUAAUCUCAUGGUUCCAUGACAAUUUCCAUGUUAGAAACCGUACAAAUGGAGAAAAGUUGCCUCAUUUUGCUUUGGCAUCAGCUUUAGAAUUACGCGAGGGUAGUCUUGAGGAGAUUGCAGCUUUAUCCGUGGCACUAUUAAGAGCUUUAAAUCUUACAGCCAGGUUCGUAUCCAUUUUGGAUGUUUCGUCUCUUAAACCAGGCCAAUCCUUCAGACCAAUCGCAAGUGGAUCUAGUAAGGGGAUAUUUAAUACUUCAACACCAAUGGUAUCGAAGCAAAAAUUGGAUUUUAAGUCGCCUAAAAAGUCAUUGUCUUCUUAUGAGAGAGAAAAACCUUGUGAAAGUUCUCUUGGUCAAUCACGGAAACGUAAGAAACGCCGUUCAACAAGCAAUAUGGAUCAGUCUACAGAUCCUUCUGUUGCUGAAGACUUGAAUUGUAGUGUAACAAAUUCACAAACUUCUGAGCCACAAGAUAGUAACCAAGGCGGAUCACAUAUAACCGAUGAAUCUCAUAAAUCAAAGAGGAAGGGGGAUCUUGAAUUUGAGAUGCAGUUAGAAAUGGCUCUUUCUGUUACAGCAAUUGAUUGUUCAAAGAGUAAAGUGGAGUCAGGUGCAAAUGCUGAUUCAUCAAAUUUUUCUUGUCCAUCAAAAAGAAUGAAAAGAGUUAUAGGUGAAGAAUCUUCAACCUCCCCCCAACUAAUUUCUACAGCACUUGGAUCAAUGAAAGUAGGAUCUCCUUUGUAUUGGGCAGAAUUAUAUUGCAGUGAAGAAAAUUUGACAGGAAAGUGGGUGCAUAUUGAUGCUGUGAAUUCGAUUAUUGACGGAGAAGACAAGGUUGAAGCCAUGGUUGCUGCAUGCAAAACAUCUUUGAGAUAUGUCGUUGCUUUUGCUGGGCAGGGGGCCAAAGAUGUGACCCGCAGGUACUGUACGAAGUGGUACAAGAUAGCAUCACAACGGGUUAAUUCAACGUGGUGGGAUUCAGUGUUGGCACCACUGAGAAACUUAGAGUCUGGGGCAACUGGAGGUGUGAUUCAUUCGAGAACAAACCAAAUCACUGCUACAGAAGCUAACACGAAUGAUUCUUUUGUUCCUACAAGGAGCUCUCUUGAGGAUAUUGAGUUAGAAACUAGGGCAUUGACUGAACCUCUUCCAACCAACCAGCAGGCCUACAAAAAUCAUUCACUUUAUGCCUUAGAAAAAUGGCUUACAAAGUAUCAAGUACUUCAUCCAAAAGGUCCGAUUCUAGGGUUUUGUUCAGGUCACCCGGUUUACCCUAGGACUUGUGUGCAAACUGUUAUGACAAAAAACAGAUGGCUCCGGGAAGGGCUACAAGUGAAACCCAAUGAACAUCCUGUGAAGGAGUUUAAACGUUCCGUUAAGCCUCAGAAGGUUCAAGGUUUUGAAGCUGAAGAUGAUGAUUGCACCACUGAUUCUAAGGAAAAUAUUAAACUUUAUGGGAAGUGGCAACUAGAACCAUUAAAUCUUCCUUGCGCGGUGAAUGGAAUAGUUCCUAAGAACGAUCACGGUCAAGUAGAUGUUUGGUCUGAGAAAUGUCUUCCACCAGGCACUGUGCACUUGAGGUUUCCAAGGGCACAUGUUGUUGCCAAAAGGCUAGAGAUUGAUUAUGCACCUGCCAUGGUUGGUUUUGAAUUUAAAAGUGGCCGAUCAUUUCCUGUCUAUGAUGGUAUUGUGGUGUGCGCCGAGUUCAAGGAUGUACUGCUAGAGGCAUAUGCCGAAGAAGAUGAAAGACAGAAAGCUGAAGAAAAGAAAAUGAAUGAAGCACAAGCUCUUCGUCGGUGGUACCAGCUUCUUUCAUCUAUUUUAACUCGUCAAAGGUUAAAUAAUCGUUAUAAUAACAGUUUGGCGUCAGAGCUAUCAAUCGAUGUCCAGUGUAUGAAUGAUAAUGUGUCUAAUGCCAAAGUUUGUGGUAGUAAUGACAAGAAUAAAACUCACAAACACAAUCAGAUGGACAAAUGUGAUACCAAUCUUGAGGCUUCGUUAAGUAUACCUGUAAAAGACCAUGAGCAUGCUUUUUUGAAAGAGUACGAGAGCUUUGACGAGGAAACCUCUCUCUUGACAAAGCGAUGCCAAUGUGGUUUUUCUGUCCAAGUUGAAGAAUUGUAGUAUUUAAAUGAAACACCUUCAUUCAUGUUCAUGCCUUGAUGCAUAACUAAACAGUCCAUGAUGGUGCGAGACUUUUCGUUAACUUCUAGUUUUGUAGUCUCUAAAACUCUUAAUCAUUUCUCUAUUAGAGAGACUUAGGAUUUUAUGGCUUUGGCUCUACAAUUGGAUGUAAGGUAUAAUAUGUGAUGUAUAUUAUUAAUUAAUCAAAUCUAGUUUUUCUUAUUUAUGACAAA